AUGGCAGCCGCCGCCCAAACCCUGACGGCCGGCCUUGUCGUCCUGCUGGCGCUGAGCGCCGCUAAUCCCGUGCCGCUGCAGGGAUACGGAAUCAACUUUGACGUGGGGCUGGCCACUUUCCUGCGCCUGCUCGAGCCUGCCACCGUGCUCGAAUUUGGCUGCGGCCUGGGCCUUUAUGUCGACUAUCUCGCACGAUUCACAAACGCCAGCCCUGUCUAUGGCAUUGAGCCCGAAGAGAUGCUCUUUGAGGGCUCUGUCUUUGCCUCUGUCAAUGAUCCCGUCGCCCGGCCAGCCCAACUAGCCAUCAAUGUUCUCCAACCAGUGCUGGAACAUAUACCGCUCGAGUUUCAUCCGAUGGUCACAAAAUGGCUGGCUCCCCGCGUCGGACGCGUUCUCGUGUUUGGGGCAGCCCGUCCCAACCAAGAAGGCGUGGGCCACAUUGCCCUGCGCACCCGCGAUGACUGGGUUGCAACCUGGGAGGCCGCGGGGCUCGUACACAUGCCUGCCCUCUCUGACAUGCCGAGCUGGAAUCAUUCCAUGCGACACGGCUUCAAGUUGAAGCGGGUCACGAUGGCCCUACGUUGUGGCCACAACUGGUGGCUUUGGUCGAACGCCUCCGCCGUGAACGCCAUGCUCAAGCAUAGCCCCAUUCGUGCCCAAAGCAAGCCCGUGCUGCGAUGUACCGAAACUGAGAUGGGCUGGACAUUCUUUGUUUCAUGA